CUCCUCUCUCAAGCCGCACUGCCAUGGACCACGGCGGCAUGGAUCACGGCGGCAUGCACCACGGCGGCGGCGGCAUGGACGACGGCGGCAGCUGCCUGCCGGGCGCGCACUGUGCGCCUGCGCCGCCGUGCAAGAUGAACAUGCUGUGGAACCGCGAUGCGACGAACGUGUGCAUCAUCUUUCCGAGCUGGCAGAUCACCACCGGCGCCACGCUGCUCGGCUCGCUCGUCCUGAUCAUGCUCCUCGGCAUCGCGUACGAGUACGUGCGUCUCUCCAUCCGCACUCUCGAUGCGCGUCUGGCAGCCGCACACGGCCUCGCCGGCAGCACGCCACAUGGGCUAGUGCACCGAAGACGCGCCAGUGUGCUGCCGACGAGCGCGGCGACGGCGGUGGGCAAUGGCUUGCCGAGUGGCAUGAGGAGGACACUGAGUGGGCGAGACGAGGAGGGUCCGGCGGCCAGACGGAGAGGCAUCAUCCCGCCGCUGCUCAUCCCGCCGCGCGCCCAACUGCUGCGCUCGGCGCUGUACGGCGUCUCGGUCGCGCUGUCCAUGACGCUUAUGCUCAUCUUCAUGACAUACAACGCGCAACUCAUCGCAGCCGUGCUAGCAGGCGCCGUGAUCGGGCACUACCUCUUCUCGCGCGACCUGCAGCACCAGGUGGGCGACGGCGUCGACAAGGGCGUGGGCUGUCACUGAGAGGGCUAAUGAUGAUGGU